CGACAAGGCCAGCUGUUAGCGUCAGACGCGGGGAAAAAAGAGUUUACGAAUUCUGCGAACCCUGCAAGCGUCGCUGCCUCGCUGGGGCUCUUGCAAGGCUUUUGGUGACGGGACCCAAAUAAUGCCUCUCCAGCCGCUGUGCAAGACUCAUACCUUGUGUAUGAAACGACACGACCUCAGAGAUAUUUCGACCCAAGAUCCAAGCAAUGGAUCCAAGAAACUUUCGUAGUUCCGGCUGCACACGAAACUACGAACCAAAACGUUCUAGUUCAUCUUAGCGCACGCGUGAAACACAGCUUUCGGGAACAUGGAAACAAACCCUCGCGCAGAUGCAAGAGCGCUUUCGACCGGUAGGCCGGAACGCGGCCCAGCAGAAACUGCAUGGAAAUGCACGCGGUUAUGGGGCCACUUCGAGCUCGCGCAGCGCGCAAAAUGGCCUUGCUUGCAUUGCUGCAUUCUGCCAGGACAUUAAGACAGUACGCGGUUCGUGGAAGGAAAAAGAAAUGGCAUCUUGAUGGCAUCAACCAGUCGGAAACCGAGAAAAGUCAGUCCUGUUGGUCAUGAUGCGCUGCCCACGAUGACCGCCCUUCAUAAGCCAGCCAUUUCCAUUUGAGUUCAUUUGUAAGACGUUGGCAGAGGGGCCUGCUGCCACUAUACAGUAUUUACUAGGCUCGAUAGAAGAAACAGUGUAGUCGCGCCUGGCCAUGGCGGACGUCAAAGCCCUCGACGCCGAGAAGGCGCACGAGAAAACUCUACAGCAUGCCGAGGACUCGCUGUGCAGCGCUAUCAAGGAUGUGGAUGAGGAUGUGCGCCCUCGCAACCCCAUCGUCCGGUUCUUCCAAUUCCUGGGGAGCUUCAUGAUUCCAGGCAUGGGCAUGUUCUGCGAGGCCUACUUCGUGUUCGCCGUCGGUAACCUGUCAGCGCUGUGGAAGGUCGAGUACAAGAACUGCUGGAAGGGCAUCGGCUGCCCCAUCAAGCUUUCGGACUCCAUCACCUACACGCAAGUGUGCGGCAUCAUCUUUGGCCAGCUGUUCCUGGGCUUCUUCGCUGACCGCAUCGGCCGCAAAUGGGGCAGUGUCACCACCGCUGCAACCAUGGUUGUUGGUGCCAUCCUGAUCAUCUCCUCUGCCGGACCCACCGAGCGCGCCCUUUGGGCCAUGUUCACGGCCGUCCAGUUUAUCUUCGGCAUCGGUGUGGGCGGCGAGUACCCGGUCGCCUCCACAUCCGCCAACGAGCGCGCCGAGAGCAGCGCCGCCCUGCAGAAGCGCCGCGGCGAGACCGUCGUGCUGGUGUUCUCCAUGCAGGGCUGGGGCAACGUGGUCAACACCGCCGUCAUCAUUGCCAUCAUGGCUGGCUACCACCAGUAUGGCGCUCCGUACAGCAACCACGCCCUGGAGGUGACGUGGCGUCUGUCGUACGCCAUCGGCCUCAUCCCCCUGAUUGGCAUUCUGCUGUACCGUAUUAUUCGCCUUCGCGAGUCGGCUGUGUGGACCAAGAAGCGCGAGGCCCUUCAGGCCAUGGGCGGUUCGGAGGCCAAGGGCGUGCAGUGGCGCAAGUUCGGUCUGCUGCUGUACUACUACUGGCACCGCAACUUCGGCACCGCCAUGAGCUGGUUCGUGUGGGACUUCGCCUUCUACGGUAACAAGCUGUUCCAGGGCACCUUCAUCAAGAUCAUCAACCCCAGCGCCUCGCUAAUCCAAGUCCUGGAGUGGACUCUGCUAAACAGCACUGUGGCUCUGGUUGGCUACUACUUUGCCGCUUUCACGGUGGACAAGCCGUGGAUGGGCCGCAUGCGCAUGCAGGUCAUGGGAUUCGCAUGGAUGUUUGUUCUGUUCCUCAUCUGCGCCGUGCACUACGAUCAGCUGCGCACUCCCAAGUACAUCCACACGUUCCAGUUCCUGUACUACUUCUCCAGUUUCUGGGGCCAGUUCGGCCCCAACGCCACCACCUGGCUGCUGCCCGCCGAGCUGGCGCCUACCGAGCUUCGCUCCAUGUGCCACGGCUUCUCGGCUGCCGUCGGCAAGGCCGGCGCGCUGGUUGCGGGUGUUGUGUUUGGCCUUGUGGACGGCCGCACCAAGUUCUGGAUCAGCGCUUUCUGCGGUCUGGCUGGCGUCAUCCUGACCCUGAUCACCAUCCCCGAUGUGACCGGCCUGGACCUGCGCGAGGGUGACAAGCGCUGGCUGGCCGUCCUCGACGGACACCACCACCUUUACCACGGCGAUGCCAUCAAGCCGCGCCACCUGUCGCUCUUUGAGCGCCUGCUGGGCUACGGAAAGAACUACCAGGCCAGCGACUCUGGCAGCGAGGACGGGUACAGUGCCAACACCACCAUCAAGGCCACUGACCUGCCGCCGCCGCCCGCGGUCCAGAAGUAGGGUUCAGAGAGGGCCGUCUCCACCGUGACCCACUAGGCGGGCAGCCCAUUGGAUAGAAUCCGGUGAUCAAGCAUGUAGUACGUGUGAUCUUGCAUUAUGAUUUGUGUUGAUUGCUUACAUUGAGCGGCUGCUGCUGCCUACACUCGGGUGAAGUGGUAGGCUGCACCAGACGCCGUAGGAGGCAUGUUGAGCAUCAUCAGUUUGUCAGCGGGCGUUUCAGGACUUCUCGUGUGGAUUCAAAAUUUGAUUGCUUGCGCAAGGGAGCCAUCUUGCCUAGGGUUAGUGCAAACGUGACUGGACUUCGCACAUGGUAACUAGUGGCGGGGGCUAGCUACAUGGGCUAGCUAUGAUUGGGGGAAAUGCCGAGGAAACUGCGUGCACCACACCAGCUGCUGACGAACCAUACAUGCAGCGUGGCGUGGCGACGAUGGAUAGCUGGUCUGCUGGUGGACUGUGCCUUAAUAUGCCGAAUGAUGGGCAGUCUAAACAGAGUUGCAAUGCACAGAUGUGGUGCAGCCGUGGAAAAAAGUUCCCGGGACGAGACAAGAGGGUCACCGUUUGGUACCGUAUGCUCAUGACAUACACGCGUUCAUGCAAAUGCGGGAAGCAAGGGCACAAGCUAUGGGCUGCAACUUGUAACAGGAAGAUUUGCGAGCUUAGGCCGUAUGUACGUGGGAGAGGGCGGGAGGCGGGAGCAGGGCGGGGGUAAGCAAGAAUGCCGCAGACACACCCUACCCUUCAAAUUAAAAGAGCUUGACGAGAGCGUUCAGAAUCCGCUUUCAGAAUUUCGAUUAGGGUAUAGGGAGAUAUGAAUGCGGAUGUCACAGAGGGGACAGUCCCAGCACCCGAAGACGCUGAGCCAUCACAUGCUAUCAGGGCCCAACUUGACUCCACCAACCCCGACUCUGCUGCAAACCCUCCCGCGGACAAAGUCCGUGUGACUCCGCGCACAGUGAGUCCUAGCCAAGCCUCAACCCAUACCUAUAGGGAGAUAUGGGCCCUUAAACUUUGAGUCAAAGUCGAGGGUCGCUCGGUCGUCAGUCCCCAGGGUCCCCAAGGUUUCAUGGUGUGCUGGAAACUUUCGUCUGGAUAAGACAGCUGGGCAAGACCAGACCGCUGCCCAAAGCAUGUAAGUAAUGAAGCUUUUGAAGGCUGGGGAACGUCAGGAGCCUACCAGAAGGGGUGAGACGUGUCUCGCCUGACCAGAACGUACGUGCCUCAAGUUGCGGACCGGUGCUUGCGCGCAGGAGGAAAACGCAUGUGUAUGUCCCACGCGUAGGUAGAUCUCGUAGGCAUGCUUUACACAUGGGUGCAACUGAACGGUCACAAGAUGGUCACAACAUGUUGACAACAUGGCUGUGGUCAAGCCGUGGUCCUCCCAUCAAGACGAGCUUCCCGUGUUUACAUGUUGAUACAGCUUGCUGAAAGCAGCCGUUUGACACCUUCCUGGGAGAAAACAGAGGGGAUUUAGGGGGUGUACGGCACGGUACGUGUUGCGUUUUUUCAAGCACGUCAAGGCACAGUUUGGGGGGGGUCGGGAGGUUUUGCACUGGAACUAUUCUUCGUACCCCCCCUUGACCAAACGUUCUAGUUCAUCUUGCGCUGCUGCACGCGCGAAAUACAGCUUUCGGAAACAUGGAAACAACCCCCGUGCAGAUGCAAGAACGGUUAGAGCGCUUUCGACCGGUAGGCCGGAACGCGGCCCAGCAGAAACUGCACGGAAAUGCACGCAAGAUGGCCUUGCUUGCAUUGCUGCAUUCUGCCAGGACAAUAAGACAGUACGCGGUUCGUGGAAGGAAAAAGAAAUGGCAUCUUGAUGGCAUCACCGGCAUCAACCAGUCGGAAACCGAGAAAAGUCAGUCCUGUUGGUCAUGAUGCGCUGCCCACGAUGACCGCCCUUCAUAAGCCAGCCAUUUCCAUUUGAGUUCAUUUGUAAGACGUUGGCAGAGGGGCCUGCCGCCACUAUAUAGUAUUUACUAGGCUCGGUAGAAGAAACAGUGUAGUCUCAGGCACCAGGCGGCAUGCCCGGUUUGCCAGCAGUCCUGUGCAUGGCACUGUGUUGUUCGGCGCUGUUCGGCUUGUCGUUCUCCGAUACUGCUUGCGGCAGGACUAGGGCACAACACACAGCCUUGCUGCCUCUCAAGAUGCACCUCAUAAGCCAGGCAAUUACCAGGGGUGCGGUGUUGCCCUAAGCAUGCCUAGUUGUAGUUGUGAAAGGCCGGCCACUACGGUACACAUUUGCCCCUGGGCACCGUUACCGCAAGGACUGAGGGUGUGGCAGCAAUCUGCGCAAAGGCGCACAAGAAGACUCUGCAGCAUGCCGAUGGCUCGCUAACAAGCGUAAAGUAAAGCAAGGUCGUGGGUCGUGAGCACCUUAAUCCUUGGGCCGAUUUGUGAGAGCGGAGGGGCUUCCGUCUACACGCACUUCCAAACACAUGCUCAGGACAGUGCUUACGACAACCGUAACGCUGGCCGAGCAUCAGGGGUUAUCGCAUGCGACUGGCUGCCCAAGCAACACAUUGGGAGAUGUUGGUGGGAUGCGGUGGUUGCGGUGGCUUACACACCGGCGCCGUACGCUCAGCGAGCCGGGGAGUGGGGGCCGUCGCCUUUACGUCCGUCUCGAC